GAUUGGCAAACCAGAUCAACGGAGCGACAGUAACUCUUUGUGCUGAAGAUAGCGAGGUGCCACAGUGGUCUGUGGAAGACAAAUGUUUUGACCUUCAGGAACUGAGAGGUCUGACCUCUGGAAUUUACAUCCUUUAAAAGAAUAUUUUGAGGUCUAUUACAGGUUUAUUUCUGUCAAGUUUCGUGGAAUUUACUCAUUUUAUUAGCCAGACAGCCACGUCCUUCAUUCUCGGGCCUGGGAGCCAGUAGCUACUGUUUUGUCGCGGUGGAUUGAGAAAACAUUACUUACUGAGAGGUUUCCCCGGGAAUGGAUACUGGAGUUGUCACUGAAAAGAAAAGGGUGAGCUCGGAGCGCAGGAAGGAGAAGUCCAGGGAUGCAGCGCGGUGUCGCAGGGGCAAGGAGUCUGAGGUGUUUUACGAGCUAGCGCACCAGCUGCCCCUCCCGCACAAUGUCACCUCCCACCUGGACAAAGCCUCCAUCAUGAGGCUGACCAUCAGCUACCUGCGCAUGAGGAAGCUGCUUACCUCUGAUGAAAAAGAGGAAGAGUCUGAUUUGGAGAGUCAACUCAACAGCUUCUACUUGAAAGCCCUGGAGGGCUUCCUGAUGGUGCUCUCGGAGGAUGGAGACAUGGUCUACCUUUCCGAGAAUGUAAACAAGUGCAUGGGCCUAACACAGUUUGAUCUCACUGGUCACAGUGUUUUUGACUUUGCUCACCCUUGUGACCAUGAAGAACUGAGGGAGAUGCUGGUCCACAGGACGGGAUCAAAGAAAACCAAGGACCAGAACACAGAACGGAGCUUCUUCCUUCGGAUGAAGUGCACGCUCACCAGUAGAGGGCGCACUGUGAAUAUAAAGUCUGCCACAUGGAAGGUUCUGCACUGUACUGGGCAUGUGCGUGUUCAGGAGCACCACAAUGAGUCCAACGGGGACUGUGGUUUCAGGGAGCCCCCGAUUACCUACCUGGUGCUGAUCUGUGAGCCCAUCCCCCAUCCCUCUAACAUUGAGGUCCCAUUGGACAGCAAAACCUUCCUCAGCCGCCACACUCUGGACAUGAAGUUCUCCUACUGUGAUGAGAGGAUCACAGAGCUGAUGGGCUAUGAUCCCGACGACCUGCUGAACAGGUCUGUGUACGAAUUCUACCAUGCCCUGGAUUCAGACCACCUGACCAAGACACUCCACAACUUGUUUGCCAAGGGCCAGGCUACCACCGGACAGUAUCGCAUGCUGGCCAAAAAGGGAGGCUACGUGUGGGUAGAGACCCAAGCCACAGUCAUUUACAACCCAAAGAACUCUCAGCCUCAGUGCAUUGUAUGUGUCAACUAUGUGCUCAGUGGGAUAGUAGAGGGCGACUUGAUCCUCUCCCUGCAGCAGACGGCAAGUGAGCAGAAAGAUGUGGAGAAGGAAGAAGAGAAGAUAGAGGAACAGGAGGAGGUGGAAGAGAGCACAGAGGUGGACAUGAUGAAGAUCUUCACCAAGCAGGAGGAUCUGGGCUGUGCCACGGAGAGCUCAGAGACCCUGUACGAGCAGCUGAAGGAGGAGCCUGAGGCCCUCACCCUGCUGGCUCCAGCUGCAGGAGACACCAUCAUCUCCCUGGACUUCACCAGCUCAGAUUCGGACAUGCAGCUGCUUAAUGAUGUACCCCUAUACAACGAUGUCAUGCUGCCAGCCUCCAGUGAGAAGAUGCCCCUGGCUCUCUCUCCUCUGGCUCCCAGUGAGCCCACCCCAGCUCUAGCCAAAACAGAGCCUGCCACAGAGGACUUCCCAUUUUCCAAUGCCUCGCACCGUGCCCCGGACACUGUGGGCACCCCCUCCAGCACCGGUACUGGAGCCAGCUCCCCAGAGCCUAACAGCCCAUUGGAUUACGGCUUCCCGGUGGACACAGACAUUGGUUCCGAAUUUAAACUAGAUCUUGUGGAGAAGUUGUUUGCUAUUGACACAGAAGCGAAGAACCCAUUUACCACUCAGGACAUGGGAGAUCUGGAUCUGGAGAUGUUGGCUCCCUACAUCCCAAUGGAUGAUGACUUCCAGCUGCGCAUCCCCUCCCCACUGGACCCUCUUCCCUCAGCUCCACAAACAAUGUCUGACAUCAGCUCACUGUUCCAGCCCCUGCCCAGCCCUGCUGCCGUGACCUCCGACUCUGCCAGUCUGGUCAAACAGAAGUCCUCCUCCCGUCCUCCCUCACCUCUCCAUCUCCUGCAGGAGGUGCGCAGUGCACCUGUCUCGCCCUUUAGUGGGAGUGGGAGCGGGAGCUGCAGCCGUGACGCCUCCCCAGUCAGAUGUGCCACCCCACAAGGCGGCAGCCCUGUUUGUAACAGAAUGGAGAGAGAUCUCUCUCCAAAGAUGUUAGCCCUUCAGAAUGUCCAGCGCAAACGGAAACUGGAGGAAGUGACCUCUUUGUCUCAGGCUUUUGGGCUGGGUGCUUUACUUCAGAGUGUGGAUGAGGCUAUAGAACCAGGGAAGAGGGCCAAGGUCUUGGAGGUGAAAGGCUCCAGUGCACUCGGUGGAAGCAAGACUAUUCUCAUACUGCCUUCAGAGGUGGCCAGUCGUCUGCUGUCUAGCUCAUUGGAGUGUAGUGGUGGCCUCCCACAGCUCACACGCUAUGACUGCGAGGUCAACGCUCCUGUCCAGGACAGACACCCUCUGCUCCAGGGAGAUGAGCUACUACGUGCCCUGGACCAAGUCAUUUGAGUGGUGCUCUGUUUUGCAAUACUGGACACUGCAACCCCCCCUUACUCCCUCUCCCCACUCUCAAACCAAACCCACAUCCCACUUCAAUUGCACACCGACUUCUCCUGCCCCACCCUCUAUUUAUAUUUUCUAUGUCCUAUCAGACCUGCACCUUCCCCAGAUCUCAAUGGGCUUCCGUCCCACCAGCAAUGUGAGGGAGUAGUGCGUAGGAGCAGUAGCCUCGCUCCUGCUUGUGGAAAAUGAGGAGUAUUACAUUGAGGUUGUGUUCUUAGAGACCAAUGGCAAAAUUAAGAGCCUUAACUCGAAAGCGCACACUUCUCUAACGCAAUUAUCUCUGUCAUUUCAUCUCUCCCUUUUCCACCCUGGAUUCCACCCGUCGCCUUACAACCUCCCCUUGGCAUUUUUUUUUUUUUCCGCAGCAGUGUGUAUUGUUGCUACAGUCGCACAACAAUCUAUUUUCUUAAAGCAAAAUACCAGCAGUUCAUGCAAUAUACAAACCAUUUUUACAAAUAUGUACUUUUAAUGAAAGAUUGAACAAUUUAUUUUUCUCUGUUUUUUGUUUUCUGUCUCCUCCUAACUUUCAGAUUCAUUCAGUGACAGUUAUAUGAAAGGCUUAUUCACCAUAGACCGAGUGGUUUAAUAAUACUUUUCUCUCUCUGCUCAUGUUAUUUUCCCAUUUCUGUGGACAGACCCACGUAAAUAACCUGUAUCUCCGAAAGAAUGGCACAGGAGAAUGGUAACAGUACCAUUUGAAAGUAAAUAUCAGAGAAUGUGUUAAAGGGAACUUUAAAAAAAAAUCUGACAUGUUUUUGGCUUAAAGCAAAUGACCGUAUCAUGAUUUUUAUCUUGGAGAUGUUGAAACAGAUUUAUAGUUUAAUGAUGCGAUAGAUUUUAUAUUUAUAGCAGUCUUUUUUGUCUACUUCUCUUCAUAGUAGAUGCUUAGAUGCACAUCAGGCUUGGGCAGAAACAUAUAGCAGUUUAGUUUUUAAUGUCAUGGAUGUUAAAGUUGUUGUAGAACGAUAAUGCGAAGCUGAUGUAUCAAUUGUUCCAGUUUUACAAGUGUUUAAUGGCAUAUAACAUGAAUGCUCAAAUCAUGUCAAGAAAUAUUUGUUCCUCUCAUGCUUUCUUGUCAAUGUCACCCUUAUAUUGGUGCUGACAUUGAGCUGAAAAUAUUUUAUUGAAAGCCUUGUCUUUUAUUUUUCCUUUUUUUGCAUUAGGAGAGACAUUUACUUCUGUGAUUGUGUCACACAGUAAUCUUCUGUUCUUUCAUCUCUGCAGUCUGUACUCCUGUAUUCUCUUAACACUAAAUGUAUUGUUUAAUGCAUCAUCAGUAAAAGACAACUGUGGACCAGAUUA